AACAGGAUACACUUCCGCUUCCGGGGCACCCGCCGCAUUCCUUCGGUGCGCUUUAUUGAAAGGGUUUUUUGAGUUGUUUGCUUUGCCGGUUUUUGACAGUCGUUUUUUAUUGCUCCAUAACUACAGCAUUAAAGUUAGUAUUAAGAUACGAGGCUCUCUAGGGAUGCCAUCUCAGGAAAGAAGUCGGGCUUCCAGGCGCCACCUUAAGAAAAAAAAUGACUUGCUGAGCACCACCAGCUAAGAGAGUAAUUAGGAGAGAUGGGGGUGCAAUUGAAUGUAGGGAUUCCCGGGAGCACGUGAGAACUCCACGGAGGGGGCGGCGCUUAGGACUUUCUCAGCCCUGGGAGGCGGGUUCCACCUUGGGUCAAAUCGGGUGUCUGGAUCCUCCUCUGGCUGCGCGUGCGCGAUGCAAACCUCCCCCUGCUCUUGUUUUCUGCUUCAACAUGGAAUUCCACUCCGCGAGGCAGGCGGUACUGCAGCUGCUUAAUACGGUGGCUCCGGCGGACCUCCCAGCGCUGCUUCAGUGGAUGCGAACUACCCGAGAUUUUGAUGAAUUCACUCAAGACAAUAAUGAUAUUAUGUUGAAAAAUAUAGCAGAAGACCUUCGAAAUUGCUUACCUCUAGAAACCAUGCUUUCCUCUGAACAGCUUGCCCUCCAAAAAAUACAGCAGCAGCCAGAACCCACAGUUCACGUUGAUGCAUUCCUUUAUGAUGAAGACUUUAUUGAUUCAUUAUGUGAGCAAGGAAAAAUGAGCAGAAACUACUGUAUGGUGUGCGGCUCACACCAGACAGCGCCCUUAGGGUUUAUUUCUCAUUCCUUCUCUCUCAUGGAAUUGAAGUUCAUUUAUCAUCACGUGCUCCCUGAUCUGUCGGGAAAGGUCUUGGUUGACGUUGGCUCCAGGCUUGGCACCGUCCUUUAUGGGGGUUAUCUUUACAGUUCAGCAUCACAGCUAUUUGGAGUGGAAUUGAAUGGAGACUUUUGCCAGUUGCAGGAUAUGAUCAUAAAAAAGUACCAGUUCACUGACAGAAUAAAGGUUCUUCAUGCAGACAUCUGUACACAAGAUUCACUUCUUCAAAAUGCUGAUGUUACUGUAAUGAAUAAUGUCUUUGAAUAUUUUCUUAAUGAGACAGAACAGGCCAGAGCCUGGGAGUAUAUCAGCCAUAAUGUAAAACAAGGAUCGUUACUAGUGAAGUGCCAAGUCUUGAGAGUCUCUCUCAGGUCUUCAGGUAUGUAAGCCUCUUUUCCAGCU